ACACCUUAAAAGGUAGCUGCUAGUUAGCUGCACACGACUAUUAACUGCAUGAUGUAUCUCAAAGGUCUGAUGAUCUCCCAGUUCUUGGUGCUGCUGGUUGUGAGGAACAGCUUGGCGGUCUGUGUGCCGUGUGCCCUUUUAAAUGGAUGUCCAGUGCUCAACUGUUUGGGUGAAAAGGUGUUAGGUAUGUGCGGCUGCUGCUACAUGUGCGCUAAACAACUCGGCGAAAGCUGUGGGGGUCUGUACGGAUCGAUCGGGACAUGUGACCAGGGACUCGGUUGUGUCCUCCCGCUUCAACAGGUCAAUGAGACAAUGACGAUUAUUUAUCACGUAGGAGUUUGUCAAGUACAAACCACAGCAAGCCCUCAAGCAACAACACAACCAGAUAACGCUUACGCAGCACCUAGUGCACCAGAUCAGAGCCAAGGGGACUCAACUUCAUUUCUCAACUUCACAGAGCAACAUAACAGCACAACAGCAAACGUUUCUUCUAGCAUCAACAGCCCAGGUUCAUUCGCUUUGCUGGAAAAUGGAGCUUCUUCCCUCCGAGCAAAAGGAAUCCAAGUUUUGUGCCUCAUCAUGUCUGUUUGUGUUUUGCUUCAUUUGCCUGUGUUGUGAGCUCACAGAUGAUGAUGGCAUGUGUGCAAACAAGUGUGUGUGUGUGUGUGUGUGUGUGUGUGUGUGUGUGUGUGUGUGUGUGUGUGUGUGUGUGUGUGUGUG